AUGUCCAUUACGGAAGAGAAACCUAGUGCAUCGUUCGAACUUGUGCCGUCGUCCCUGUUUGUACCUAAAGAUUCGGAUCGCUUUAUCUUGAAUGCUACCGGGAAGUAUGUGAAACACGAUGUCGUGACAGGCAUGUAUAUUUCUACGCACGAGGAAGACAUAUCGGGUAAGCUGAAGAGGAAUGCCGUGAUAACGCCUGUCUAUACUCUGCGUGCAGGAUUAGCAUGGGAAGAAACGUCGGAGAUGACUAGUAUGUUCUGCUUUGAUAACGCCAUCGUCGAGUACCGUGAUAAUAUCGGUAUUCCUGCGCCUUCUGCUAACAGCUUGACCGGCGUGAAGUCCUGCUAUAUGGAAACCUACGCAUCUGUCGGCAUCCCGCUUGCUCGUUACCACUGGCUCCUGGCAAUGCUCAGAUCUACAGGUGUAAACGUAGCCUCGAGUGAGCGCGAUCAAGAAUUCAGUGACUACGUAUGGACGAACGCAAACAUAACCAAGAACUAUCACCCGGUUGCCCUGAUCGAGACAGAGGGCGGGCUGGACAGUUACGGAGAUGCCGACAAGAACCUGAUGCAUAUUAUCCGUCAGGCGAAGUCAAAUGUUAUAGGUGUUGUUGGCGUGGAGAUUACUCUGAAACGUGGAAAGGACUACGCAGCCUCAGGAAUUCGUCGUGUCACGCUAAGCCUAAAGAGUAUGCAGGUCCAUGAUCUAACAACGAUACGUUCGCCUCCCUUGAAUAGGGCCCUUGUCUUCGAGAGCAGUGGGACGAAAGCAUCCAAACGUCUUAUUGAAGCGCUGCAACCCAAGAAUCGUGACAUCAGCUCAGCCCAGGCCCCCAAGAAGUAA